UUAGCGCUGACUUCCAGCAAAAAUACUGAAAUUUAAAAUUCAAAUUUUUAAAGUAUGCGGUGAGUUCGCUACUUGUGAUUUUGUGUUGGUUCUUGAUUAGUGUGACAGUUUUGUUUGCUGAUUUCUGUUCUUUGCCAGACUGUUUCUGACCCCAUGAUAUCAGCUACAGUAGUUUUUGUGGAAACUGAUUGCGUGUUUCCAUUGGUUGUGCUGCUGGAAGCAUUCUCCCAUUUGGAUACUCAGACGCAGACGGGAUUACGCAGUUUCUAGCGUGGAACUUCAUCGUGGAAUCACCUGUGUUGACGGCCUGCAUCGUUGUUUGUUGUUGUGCCGCAAUAUUGUUUGCUUUUAGGCAAAUAUUUCGCGGCCACCACCGAAUUUUAUCUGUGCUGUUGUUUUGCAGCGUCGUUGUGAUCGGUGCAGACGGUUAACUGCGUGGCCUCUCCUUCACACACGUUCCUCAUCCUUCCCGAAUUUCUCCUCGCCUUCCAGAAACCACUCAACGAAAGAAAUGUUGACAGUCGAGGUAGCUGUUCCUUUCAAGAACUCCACCGUCAAAAUCGGAGUGGAAGGUUCCUACUAAGGCAAAACGGAACCACUGCUGGGCGGGUGGCAGUUACGUUAAGGAGUCAACCACCAUGAGUACACAGUUACUUACUACCGCAUUGCCCAAAUUCACAGCACGUUUGUAUAACGCUGCACUGACAUCCAACCGCCUUUGCGUACGCAGUUACAAACUAUUGCACAUUUUCACAGCAGACUGAUAUGCAUUUUCACUAACGGCUGAUGUAAAAUCUUCGUUCUCAAGAUUGCCGUAGUGUAGGAUCCACUACAAAAUGGUAUGAACAAUAAUACACUGUAGAUCACUGCAGUUUUUUUUGUUGUACUAAUAACAUUUGCACAUACAACCUGUGUAUUUAUUUUACUUUGCUCUUUUUUGUUGUACUAAUAACAUUUGCACAUACAACCUGUGUAUUUAUUUUACUUUGCUCUUUUUUGUAAUAAUUUUUAUAAUGUUUCGUACACCCGUUUACACUACCAUCAAUAUGUAUGGCUACCUGUGGGACCAGCCUGCUGAUACGAAGACGAUUAUUUUGGAUGAGUUCCCGCUUGCAGAUUUUCGCGACAUACCUCUCACUCGGUUCACUGAUCUCCAGUGUUUGUCCGCAAAUGCUUGCGGAGUGUCUUCUCUGCUUGGUUUGACACCGUUACCCAACCUGACGUAUCUGCAACUCAACGACAACCUGUUGGGGUACUCCGCCAAUCCCCAUUUUGAGAUCCUGGCGACGGCGACGCCUAACCUGAAGCGACUGACUUUGGCCCACAAUGGCAUCAGCACCGUGGAUUUCUUGGAGCCUUUGAAAAACCUGCCGGCACUCCAUACCGUGGACCUGUUCCGCAACAGCGUGAACCGGACCCAUUCCAGUGAACUGAUCCGUGUUAUCCCGCAGGUUACGCGAUGGACUGGAGAGGAUGGAGACGUCGAAAGCGAGAGCGAUGAAGAGAUGAAUGAACCCGAGUCGGACCAUGGCGAGGAGGAGAAUGAGGAUGACGAUGUGUCAAUGGCUGGCUCAGACCGUACUUGGUUGCUGUCGGACGAUGAUGUGGACCACAUCUCCGACUCCGCCUCGGAACCGGACGUAGAUGAAUCGGCCUCGGAUGAGGACGCGGAUGAGAUCCCGGACUCGGCCUCGGAACCCGACGGCGACCGCCAGGACAGCGACGACGACGUAGUUAUGCUUAACUAGUUAGUUGUCUUCGUGCGUUUUUCCUGUUUUAACCCCCUCGGAGACCCCCUCGGUAACCAUAUAACGAGUGUUAUAUAUUCUUCGUAUCUGUGGUUAACUAUCUCAUGAUUUUUUUAUCUGUUACUGUUUUCACCCCCUCGGACACGGUGUUACGUAUAUUUUUAAUUGUCGUUACUCAUGUUUUUUUUUGUGUUUGUACUGUACGUUGCACAAACACGUGUUUGUUUGUGUUGUACGUGUUUGUGUUGUACGUUGCACUCGUACGUGUU